AGACCCUCUCUGUGUCUCACGCGCGCGCGCACACUUCACUGAUACACACAUGGCUUCCCCAAGAAUUCUGCUCUGCGGCGACGUUCUUGGCCGCCUCAGCCAGCUCUUCAAGCGGGUCUCAACGGUCAACAAAUCGGCGGGCCCAUUCGACGCGCUACUCUGCGUGGGCCAGUUCUUCCCGGAAUCGCCAGACCAGCUCGACGAGCUUGCGGACUACACCGAAGGCCGGUCGAAAGUCCCUCUUCCCACGUACUUCAUCGGCGACUACGGCGUCGGCGCUUUUAAGGUACUAUCGGCGGCUUCCAGGGACCCUGCUAACAAAGGGUUCAAGAUGGACGGCCUCAGGGUCUGUGAGAAUCUUUUCUGGUUGAAAGGCAGUGGCAAGUUCACGCUCCAUGGGUUAUCUGUGGCGUAUUUGUCUGGUAGGCAUUCAUCCGAUGGUCAACAGUUCGGAAUGUACACGCAAGAUGAUGUGGACGCUUUAAGAGCUAUAGCUGAGGAACCUGGAGUAGUUGACUUGUUCCUAACUAAUGAAUGGCCGAGUGGGGUGACAAAUGAAGCAGCUACAUCUGAUCUUCCCCUAGGAUUCUCUGAUUCAUUUGGCAGCGAUUCUACCGUAUCGGAAUUAGUAGCAGAGAUAAAACCACGGUAUCACAUUGCAGGUACUAGAGGCAUUUUCUAUGCUCGUGAACCUUACUCUAACAUUGAUGCUGUGCAUGUAACCCGAUUCUUGGGUCUUGCUUCUGUUGGGAAUAAAGAUAAACAGAAAUUUAUUCAUGCGAUUUCUCCUACUCCAGCAUCUGUCAUGUCAGCUGUUGAGCUUAGUAUGAAGUCCUCAAACACUACCUUGUCUCCAUAUACAUAUUCAGAGCAAACAGUCCAUGCCAAGGAAGCCACAAAGAGGCCUAGUGAUAGUGUUUAUGACUCACAAUAUUGGAGAUAUGAUGUCUCCCAAAAACGGCAGAGAUAUGGAGCAGGAGAUGGUCGUCAGCUGUGUUUUAAAUUUGUAUCUUCUGGGUCUUGUCCGCGAGGGGAAAAAUGCAACUUUCAACAUGACAGCAAUGCAAGAGAACAGUUUCUGAGAGGUGUUUGUUUGGAUUUUAUUAACAAAGGAAAAUGUGAAAAGGGUCCAGAUUGCAACUUUAAGCACAGCCUGCAGGAUGAAGGUGAGAGCAAUUCUCACUGGAAACGAGGAUCUGAGAAUGCUAGAACUAACAGGUCAAAAGAGUGCUGGUUUUGUAUUUCAAGCCCCAACGUAGAGUCACAUUUAAUCAUCAGCAUAGGAGAGCAUUACUACUGUGCACUGGCUAAAGGCCCGCUUGUUGAAGACCAUGUACUAAUAAUACCUAUUGAGCAUUUGCCUAAUACCCUUUCACUACCACAGGAACAUGAAACUGAGCUUCUUGGAUUCCAGAAUAGUCUCAAGAGGUAUUAUAAGAAUCAAGGGAAAUCAGUUGUUUUCUUUGAGCGGGUUUCAGAACGUAUUACUCAUGCUAAUCAUCAGGCUAUUCCUAUUCCAUCAUCCAGAGCGGCUGCUGUUCAAGAUAUAUUUAACUUAGCUGCUGAAAAGCUGGGAUUUAAAUUUGUGGCCUUGAAAACGAAUGAGAAUGCUGAUGGAAGAAAAUUGUUGAGGACACAAUUCAAUAGGGAGUUUAACUUCUUCUAUGUUGAACUCCCUAAUGGUACAAUAUUAUCACAUUUGGUUGAGGAAAAUGAGAGUUUUCCUGCUCAAUUUGGACGCGAGGUUCUGGCAGGCUUGCUGAAGAUAGCAGAUAGGGCUAAUUGGAGGAAUCAUGCAGAUAGCAAAGAAGAGGAAACAAAGAUGGCAGAAAAUUUCAAGAGUCGAUUUCAAGAAUUUGAUCCAAAUAAGUGAUUUUCCAGUAACAGAAGCCAGGACUGAUGCAUAAUGUAUUGUAAUUCUAAUGUACACGUCUACAGAGAUUCUUUAUUAGUUGGUGAGGGAUGCUACCCGCCUUAGAAAGGUGGAAGAACACCCGCCUAGAUGCACACUGCACCUGGCAGUCUCCACUGCUCCCUACAAAGAUUGCCAGCCAACUGUCUAUCAUCUCUGGUAACCAGUGGAAUUAAGAGUUGGAAUUUAUUGUGCAAGGAUUCCCUGCAAUUUGGUGGGGUUGGUGGGUUCCGCGGCUUCAAUUCGGGCAACAUAUUGCAGUGGAUCCCUAUCCAAAUUCAUUAGAGAGGGUAUAUAAAAGUUGUUGUUAUUGUGAUAUAACGUUUUCUUCUUUGUUGGAAUGAUUCGUAGCUUUGAAAUUAUGCCGGGUUUGUGAGGUGAAUUGACCAAAUUGCGAAAUCGCGAGAUGGUUCCCGCUUAAUCCGGGUCUUGGGGGCCCACGAAGGGUCGUGGAAGUCAUAGUGGGCACUGGGCUAUCCAAAUGAGUGGUUCCUUGAGAAAUAGGUUUGGUAGGAGAGUCGUCCCCCUGGCCCCUGCUACAAAGAAAAAAAAGGGAUGGUGGGGGGUUUGGUAAGGGGAAUCCAAAUAUUCAUUCAAAAAAAAAAAAAAAAGGAUGGUUCUUUUUCAGCCUUAAACGGGGAAAAAACAAAAGCUUGAUGGAAUCGAGUGCUCUCUCGCUGCAUAAUUUCACGUGGGUUGUAAAAGUGGUUGGGAUGUUCUUGGGAUGGUCCCAUGUUUCUCUUAAGCUUUCAGGAAGGUAGACCACUGGCCUUUGCUGAGCUGUGCCUGUUACACCACUCGGCUUCAUUGGCACAAUGGUCCUG